AUGCAGCUUCUAAAUACAUUUGAAAUUCCGGGCGAGUUUACGUGUUCAGACUAUGUCUGCAUCAACCAGGGUCUUGUGUGUGAUGGUCAGCCCGACUGCUGGGACGGAGCUGACGAAUUAGCCUGCAAUGGACUAUCGAACCCUCUCUCCGAUUUAAUGAUCCACAGAUCCAAACGACAAACGCAAAACUGUCGCAAAAGUCAGUGGCAAUGUCGUGAUGGUACCUGCAUAGGGUUUGACGGUAAAUGUGACGGUCUGGUCGACUGUCCCGACUCCAGUGACGAGACGUUCGCCUUGUGCAGUGACAUGCAAUGCCAAAGCAAUUGGUUCCGCUGUACUUACGGAGCCUGUGUCGAUGGCAGCGCUCCUUGUAACGGCAUACAGGAGUGUGCUGAUAACUCCGACGAACUGCUGCCCAGGUGCCGCAAUCAGACCGUUAGUUCCAGAGGUAUGUUCACAUGUGACAAUGGCCAAUUGAUAUCGUCUGUGGAUAUAUGUGAUGGGAAGAAGGACUGUUCUGAUGGUUCCGAUGAGACCCUCACUACCUGUGCCGGGAACAGCUGCCCGUCGUACGUGUUCCGAUGCGCUUAUGGCGCUUGUGUGGACCAGAACGCGAAAUGCAAUGGGGUGGAGGAGUGUGCUGAUGGCUCCGAUGAAUCUGCCGAACUCUGCAACAAGCUGGCACCAGGUCAGCCCGUGACUCCAGUCACCAAACCACCAACUCAAGGGGGUAAAUGCCUGUUACCCCCAUACCCUCAGUAUGGGUCGUACAAGGUCAGUCAGUACCCCAACGCAGUCCCUGGUCAAAGAUACCCCAACGUGAGGCUGGACGUCACCUGCAACCCUGGCUUCCAAACUGAGAACAAUAACAGCAUCUUCUGUGAUAAUGGAGAAUGGUCUGGAGCUAUGCCGGCUUGUCUUCGUUUCUGCAGACUCAACAAACAUCCAAGCGUGGAAUACCGAUGUCUUUUAUCAGGGAAUUCGGUGACUGGGUCCAGGGAAUGUGGAUCCUUGGAGCCAUCAGGGACAGUCGUUACCCCAAUCUGCCGUUCCCCCAAUUAUUACUCCUCGGGGGUAAUGUCCAACAUGCAUUGCGUAGAAGGCAGCUGGGACUAUAUAGCUGUGUGCAAACCAGGUUUGACAAACAUAACAAUAAGUAUAGAUAACGUACAAAUUAUUAUUACAUCUGAUAAUGCUCACGUAGUUGUCAACAAUAACGGUAAUAAAGAGGUUAAAGUUAUCAAUAAUAUAAGUAAUGCUGAUAGAAUUGUGUUUGAGGAUCGUAGAACGAGUAGACCAAAUGAUAGUAGAACGACUACGAGUAGACCAAAUGAUAGUAGAACAACUACGAGUAGACCAAGCCCUAAUUAUGAUAACGAAAUCGAUGAAGGUGACUGGAGAAUGGGUUCCGUUGAAACAUAUAGUUUCCAAGCCCAAACAGUCCGACCCAAAAAGUGCGGUACAAUAACUCCUGAGGGUAUUCAGCUGGUGAUCGGUGGCAGGUCUGCCAAGAGAGGGGAACUCCCCUGGCAUGCGGGGAUUUACAGCAAAUUAUUCACGCCUUACAUGCAAAUAUGUGGCGGAUCACUGAUCAGUACAACGACUAUUAUAUCAGCUGCACAUUGUUUUUGGAGUGACUCCAAGAAGUUGCUGCCGGCGUCCGAAUACGCUGUUGCAGUUGGGAAGCUGUACCGACCUUACAAUGAAAAACACGACGCUGAUGCGGAGACAUCUGAUGUGGCAGAUAUUAUAAUUCCCUCCCGCUUCCGAGGCUCCGGCGCCAACUUUCAAGAUGACAUCGCGCUGGUGGUCGUGGUGACGCCAUUUAUCUACCAGGUCUUCAUAAGACCUGUGUGUUUGGACUUUGACGUCAACUUCGACAGGACCCAGCUGUCAGAAGGAAAUAUGGGCAAGGUAGCCGGCUGGGGUCUAACAGACAAGAACGGCAAAGCAUCCCAAGUAUUGAAAGUAGUAGAUCUUCCUUACGUGAAGAUUGAAGACUGCUACGCCAUGUCGCCUCCAACCUUCCGCGCUUACAUCACGAGUGACAAGAUAUGCGCUGGAUAUACUAACGGUACAACAUUAUGUCAAGGUGACAGCGGUGGCGGGCUGGCGUUUCCCGCAUACGAACUAAACACUCAAAGAUAUUAUCUACGCGGUAUUGUGUCAACGGCGCCAAGAAACGACGAUUUGUGUAACGCACACACACUCACAACAUUCACAGCUAUUUCAAAACACGAGCAUUUUAUAAAACAGUACUUAUAA